ACAAGUUAAACACUAGAGUACCAAGUUCUAUUACCGAUGUCGCAACGACUCAAUCUAACCUCCUGAAAAAAAAACUAGCAGCGUCCUACUCGAAGUAACUGUCAGUUCACGAUACGUCACCGUAAAGCGACUUUCUUAAGGUUAUUUCGUGCAUAACCGCCUCGUUAUUAGUUCGCCACUGAUAAGCAAAUCCACGUCCGCGACACAUGGCUAACAGAUCGUUGCUAGAUGCUAAAUCAUAAAAAUUUGAACGCCGAAACCAAGGAUAAGAAUAGUGUCUCAAUCGAAGAAUUGGAACGGUAUUCGCCACGGCUUUCACAGAGAUGGUUGGAUUGGCGGGCGGGGGAGGUCACCUGUAUCCCUCGCCCCCAAUGCAACCUAAUCCAGAGUUGAGAGAAAUGACUGGUAUCACUCCGAGUGCACCAACUAGUGCAGACGCUUGUUUAAGUAUAGUACAUUCGCUAAUGUGUCAUCGACAAGGUGGCGAAAGCGAAGGAUUCAGCAAACGUGCCAUCGAGUCUUUGGUGAAGAAGCUUAAAGAAAAACGAGAUGAAUUAGAUAGCUUGAUAACAGCUAUCACUACAAAUGGAGCGCAUCCCAGUAAAUGUGUUACGAUACAGAGAACUUUAGACGGUAGGCUACAAGUUGCCGGUCGUAAAGGUUUCCCACACGUUAUUUAUGCACGAAUUUGGAGAUGGCCAGAUUUACACAAGAACGAAUUAAAACAUGUCAAAUACUGCCAGUUUGCUUUCGACUUAAAAUGUGAUUCCGUAUGCGUAAAUCCGUAUCACUAUGAGAGAGUUGUAUCUCCUGGCAUAGACCCGUUCUUUACAGACCUGUCUGGGCUAACUCUACAAUCCGGAGUAGGCGUAGGACCAGGCGGUAGAUUGGUCAAAGAUGAGUACUCGGUCGGUGGUGGAGGAAACGGAGCAGCUGGAGCAGUAGGAUCGGCGAUGGAUGUUGACGGAGAAAUGAAUCAAACCAUUCAGCAUCAUCCACCUGCUCAACCUACUUCUUCUAAUAACACCCAAUCGUCUCAGCAAACUUUUAUACCAGGCCUAACACCGCCUAAUCCAACUAGUGGUGAGGGUAUGUUUGGCAGUAAUGGGGGAGGGAAUAAUGGUGGUAACCCCCACAAUAAAUUGGACGAUAAUAAUUGCCCCAGGCAAACCUGGAUUCCUACACCACAUCAUCCCACGACACGUAACAUUCAUCAUCCAGUAGUACAUCCAAUGAGUCACACCGUAGGUAGCCAACAGCAGUCGUUGAGUACGUCGAGUGGAGGCAACGGUGCACAAAUGCUCAGUCCUUCGCAGGGACAAUCUACCGAAGCUUUUUAUGGGACUAACACGCCUCCUCAAGAUCUCAAUCAACCUGCAACCGUUGAUGCAUUAGCAGCAUCGUUGGGCGAAGGCCAAAGCUCUCCCGUCUCACCUGUACAUAUUCAUCAUCCAAAUGGAUUUCCAGUCGGUACAGCCGCUUACAAUUCAGGAGCGCCACAGUGGACCGGAGCCAAUACUCUUACAUAUACUCAGAGCAUGCAACCUCCAGAUCAUAGACAUCUUCAUCCUACUUCUUAUUGGGGUGGUCACGGCGGCGAAGUAGGUGGAAACAUUGGUGGUUUACUAUCUACGCAACCAGCACCUGAAUAUUGGUGUUCUGUUGGUUAUUUUGAAUUAGAUACUCAAGUAGGCGAAACGUUUAAAGUGAGCAGCGGUUGCCCUACCGUCACUGUCGAUGGAUACGUUGAUCCAAGCGGCGGUAAUAGAUUUUGUUUAGGAGCAUUGAGCAAUGUACACAGAACGGAACAAAGUGAAAAAGCACGUCUUCACAUAGGAAAAGGAGUUGUGUUGGAUUUAAGGGGCGAAGGAGACGUUUGGUUAAGAUGUCAAAGCGAACAUAGCGUCUUUGUACAGUCUUAUUAUUUAGACAGAGAAGCAGGUCGUGCACCCGGUGACGCAGUGCAUAAAAUUUAUCCCUCCGCAUAUAUUAAAGUCUUCGAUUUACGACAGUGUCAUAAACAAAUGAGAGGACAGGCCGCUACUGCUCAGGCUGCAGCUGCAGCACAAGCUGCUGCUGUAGCAGGUCAUUUGACGCACGGCGCACCAAUUACUAAAAGUCUUAGUGCUGCUGCUGGUAUAGGUGUAGAUGAUCUCCGACGACUUUGUAUUUUACGUUUAAGUUUUGUAAAAGGUUGGGGUCCUGAUUAUCCACGGCAAAGUAUAAAAGAAACUCCGUGCUGGAUAGAGGUACAUUUACAUAGAGCCCUUCAAUUACUGGAUGAAGUUUUACACACUAUGCCAAUUGAUGGUCCACGGGGAAUUGAAUAAUUUUAUUUAACUUUGGAUAAUACAUAUAAUAGAAAAAAAAGACAUCACAUUAUUACAGACUCUGCGUCAAGUGUGCAAAAUAUAUAAAAUGCGUACGCGCGCGUAUGCGCGAUACUGUGUGGUAUUGUUACAAAUUUUUAGGAUAAAUCACCAACAAAUGAAAACAAUGAAAAUUUUUAAUUGAAUAAGAAAAACAUAGAUACGCGUCGCUUAGAAGUUUCACUGAAAUUUUUUAUAUAUUUUACACACAUGAUUUGCCACGUCGAAUGAAAUGUGUGCCACGGCCUUGCAUUACUGUCGCCGUACAAACGUUAUGCAAAGGAAAUAUUAUUUUUCGUUAUUGAAAGUUAUUUUCUAAGAAGAACGGAGUGCAUCUAAAAGAAAAUGAGAAAGGUAGGAUGAAAGACUUCUAUUUUAAUAGGCAGUCCGUAUCCGAAUCAAGAAAAAAAGAAAAAUACAUUUUCCAUGGCAUGGCCUGGUGAACUCAGCAGAAUGUGUGAGUAAAACGUGAUACUUUCGGAAACGUUAAUAGUCAUAAUCUCAUUUUUUGAGAUUAGCUUUGUAAGAUAGAUUAACUGACAUACAUGAUCCUACUUAAAAAAAAAAAACAGUGACAAAUUUUAAGCUCAAUGUUUACGUUGAAUGUAACGAACAAUGAGAACAUCGAUUGUCUAUGUGUUGUUGUAUACAGUAGGAAGGUUCUCUAAGAGCGCAACAUGUUUCAAAGUACUGUUAGAUGACAACAUUAGUACGUAGCAUUACGCAAUAAAUAUUCUAUAAACCGUUCUACAACUGUAUAUUAUCAAAGGGAAAAUACUUGGUAGAAUACAGUUGAACGGAUAUUCUAAUAAGAAAUUUUUGCAUAGUUAAACAUUAUUGGGAACAAGAAUAUUAAGACAAGUAUAUAAAGUAUUAGGAAAUCGUUUGUUUGUUCUACUACAUUUUUGUUAGUUGUACUGGCAGUAGCUUGAUACUGUGCUGUUAGAAUAACCUUCUUUAUUUUCGUUUGUUUUAUAAUUUACAACCAAAAAGUAUCAUUAGACAAAUACCUGCAAUGUUUGGUUAAUAAUGAUAUUUCAUGUCUUUCUUUUUAACGUUACUUUUCCUUUAAAGACAUGAAUUGAUUCUGUAGUUAGUAUUAUUAUACUUAUUAGCGUAGUUGGUGGAUGCGAGACAAAUUUGAAAGUGCUUGAAAUGUAAUGGAAUUUUGUAGUAUUUGAAAAAUCAAGGAAGAGCUGUUUUUAUCGUAGUGUAUCUAUAUAAAUUCAAUUGUCUCCCCUCUUAUCAACUACCAAUGUUGCUACUAUUACCAUGUAGUACUUGUUGAAUAAUUAUACUUAAUGUUUACCAAUCAUUUUAUUAUUCUAUAUUCGUACAAAAUAUUCUUAUAUUUGAUAAUAUUAUCAUACAAAGAAAAAGUUGACCAAAUUUUAUACCUAUUCGUGUACGUAUGCAUACGAAUACGUAUGCAACAGAUAUUAUCUUCUUUUGAUUUAUUUUAGACAAACGAGAAAGUUUUCCGAUUGUCUUUAUCGAUCGAUGCACAUUUUAUAAUAUUCCAAAUUCUUGCUUCUUUGUUGUAACUGAGUAAAGAUUAUUCAGCUGUU